GCCGCCGCCCUCCUCCCUCCGCCGCCCAACCCGCUCGACUCGACGGUUCCGGGCUCGUCGCCGCUCUCGUCCCUCCACGACGGCGAGUCGUCGUUCGCCCACCCGCCCAUCCUCAACGCCGUCCUGUCGCUCUCGGCCUGCGGGCUGAUCAACAACGGCGAGCCGUGGCGCCAGCUACUCGAGCGCUACGACGACGAGUGGUACGACGACGACGGGCCGACCGAGCAGCACGAGCACUACAAGUACGAGCUGCGCGCCCAGCUCCUGCCAGGCUUCAUCAUCAUCCUCGAUGACGUCCUUCGCUGGUGCGGCGGGCCCCUCAAACGCCUCCUCCACUACCGCAAGACGUCGAAAUACCCGACCAAGAAGGUCGGCAUGUCCAAGGAGUACCUCGCGUUCGGCAAGAAGAUGAUCAACCUCACGUACCGCGCUCUUGCCGUCGACAACAUCCAGGUCGUCGUCGUCGACGCCUGCGGCAAGGACCCGCAAGUUGCGACCCGCACGAGCUUCUACGGUCGCCUCAACUGCGGCAGCAGCUCGUUCCUCACGCGCAACCUGUUCGGUCGGCGCGUCCACGUCAACCUGCGCGAGCACUCGACGAUCGCCCUCCGCACGCGCUCGCCAUGGCUGCGCGGCCUCAUCUUCAUCCGCGACGUCUCGACCAUCCUCGCCGAGAGCGAGGACUUCAUCGGGCCAGUCGACGAGACGCUCGGCUCCAUGACGCCCAAGUCGGUCCUCGAGCACCUCAAGCGCGAGUACCGCGAGUACAACGAGUUCCCGCACGCCAACCGCUUCGAGCGGCUCAUCCCGUUCGACGACCUCAUCGCGCGCAUCGGCGGCGAGCCGUCGACUUUCGCGCAGGCGCGCGACCGCGCCCACAUCGUCAUCGCGUCGCUCUCGCAGUCGGGCCGCAAGUGGCAGAUCGGCGCCGGCUCGACGCCCGUCAAGUCGUCCGGGCCCGAGGGCGGCAGCAUCUUCAACCUCCUCACCCGCCGCUGCACCGAGGAGUCGGACGGCGUGCCGGUCAUGUGGGCGUCGCUCGACUCGACGACGCAGUCGAGCCUCAUCUACUACGCCGCGGUCGACUUUGACGGCCCGCCGCCACCGGGCACGGUCGUGAGCCCCAAGCAGCUCAUGUCCAAGUACUCGUUGGGCAUCCACGCCCGCCGUGUCGCACGCCUCGAGGCCGAGUCGAUCACGGUCAAGGUCAAUCCGCACGCGCUCGCCCGGGCCGAGAACAUCUUCGCCCUCCAGAACCGCGGCGACAACAUGGUCCGGCUCGACUCGCUCAACGUCCAGCUCGCGGCGUGCGUCACGGCCGACAUCUGGCACAUGUACGCCGGCGGCUCGAACGAGACGGCGACCUCGAGCGACACCUACGAGUCGCGCGGUCAGCACAAGCGCGUCCACGGAAACACAAUCCUCCUCCAGUUCUUCCGCCGCUCGCUUCCGCCGCACCUCCACCUGCGUAGCGUCGCACACGGUGAAAAGGCGACGCUCCUCAAGAGGCUCCGGCAAAAGUCGACCAUGCUCCAGCCGUACGGGAUGAGCAUCGGCAAGUACCUCGGCAAGAACGGGUACGAGAUGGGCUUCACCAACGACCUCGAGGGCAAGUUCCAGGGCAACCCGCACCAGGCGCAACUCGCGCGCCGCAUCUACGAGGAGGUGCUCGGCGAGAUGGAGCGCAACGAGUGGCCGUGCGAGGCCCUCGUCAACUCGGUCACGCCGGCGAGCCACGACGUCGCUCGCGCGCGCGUCAUGUUGUUCGCGGCCGGCAUCGUCCAGGUCCGCCUUCCUCCCGUCGACCCGUCCGACUCGAGCGCCAUGUCCGUCUCGUCCGUCGGGACCGACUCGACCCUCUCGUCCGUCGACGAGGACGAGGUCGGCGCCGCUGUCGACGUCGAGCGCAACGACAGCCCGCUCGGGCGCUGGCUGCGCACGCGCCCGGCGGUCACCGACGAGGAGGAGGGCGAGGAGGAGGGCGAGGAGGACGGCUACGAGGGUCAGGACGAGGGCGGUGGCGGGACCGACAUCGAGCACGAGGUCGACGACGACGAGAUCGCCGAUGACGAGGCGGAGGAGGACGAGGCGGAGGAGGACGAGGCGGAGGAGGACUCGGACGAGUCGUGGGAGGGAUUCGUCGCGGAAUUCUCGGAGGCGUCGGACGAGGAGCAGUAGCUUCCCUUCCUCGCCUUCCGCUUGUGGAGCCCCUUUAGCGUCUUUCUGUAACUCCUUCUCGGUGAUUU